AUGAGCACCAUCACCUUAUCGCGCAUCGCCGAUAAGCACCCGGACCGGUUCCGGAUCAAGUACGACGACGCCGUCAAGGUGCUCGGCCCCAAUGCCAAGGUCCCCGAAAACAACAGCUUGCCCACCCUCAGAUCGUCGCUGAAGAUCGCUUGUAUCGGCACGGGAUUCAGCGGGAUCUCGCUUGCCCUUACCCUCCAAAACGACAUGGGUCUCGACGACUACGUCCUCAUCGACCGCCACAAGGAGAUCGGCGGCACCUGGCAUGCCAACGUGUACCCAGGGGUGUCGCUGGACGUGCCUCUGUUGCACUACCUGAUAUCAAACUACUUGGUCACCAACUGGCUGGUGGCUCAGGCGCCUCAAGGUGAGACCCAGGAGUACCUUUUGGAGGUGGUCAACUCCAACGACAUCCGCCGCCACUGCUUAUUGGGCUACUUUGUGACCAAGGCGGAGUGGAACGAGGACCACUGGGACAUCUACUUGCGCAACAUGGACCUGGGCCAGCUCACCAUCCACCUGGCGAAGAUCUUGGUCAACGGUGCUGGCGGCUUGGUGUACCCUAACGAGUACAACCCUCCUGGUCUUGACAAAUUCAAGGGUGACUAUAUCCACUCGGCUGUGUACAACUGGGACGUCCCUAUUGAAGGUCGCAACGUCAUCGUCGUUGGUAACGGGUGUCUGGCGGUACAAUUGGUGCCCAAAGUGCUCCAAGAUAUGAACCCUAAAAGCCUCACUCAAGUGGUCCGGCUGGAACACUGGAUAAUGCCGCCAGUGCCCCACCAGCUCCACAAGUUGUACACGAGAAUGAGCAAGCUCGGCUACUUUGGCCUCUGGUUGGUCCGCAACUUCGUCGCCAUCUUAUCCGACUUGCGGUUCCCCAUGUUCAAGGGCAACAGCUGGCUCUCCCGCAAGAUCAGAGAGUUCACUUACAAGAAGACUCACACUUACAUGGUGAACAACUGCCCUAAGAAAUACCAGGACAUCUUGAUCCCUAACUUCAAGGUGGGAUGCAAGCGUCUUAUCUACGACCGCGGUUACCUCCAGGCCCUCCACGACCCGCGUGUCGAUGUGAAGAAGUCCACCAUCGCUCAGGUUAAAGAACACCUGGUGGUGCUUGCCGACGGCACUGAGCUUCCUGCUGACGUCAUCAUUGCUUGUACUGGUUACAACAUCGGCAAGAACCUCAAACAAAUCGAUGUCAUCGGCGAAAAUGGUGUCCAUGUCAAUGAACUUUGGGACAAGGAAGGCGUCAGUGCUUACGAAACAAUGAUGGUGAAGCACUGCCCUAACUACUUCAUGCUUGUCGGUCCCAAUGCCGGUACGGGUCACUUUUCUGUCACCACUGCCAUUGAGAAUGCCUGCAUUUUUGUGAAGAAGAUGUCUAAGCCCAUUCUUGAAGACGGCGUUAACAUCCGUGUCAAGCCGGAAAAGCACGACGAAUGGCAGGAAACGGUACAAAGCGAGUUGAAGAAGUGCGUGUUUGGCAAUGUCGAAUUCGGUGGGUGCCAGUCGUGGUACACUAAGGAUGGACACAAUCUGACAGCGUACCCCUGGUCCCAGUACGAGUUCUACAAGCGCAUGUGCAACCCAAAGAUGGAGGACAUGAUCAUUGAAAAGGACUGCGAACUCUGUGGGAAGCCCAAGUUGGAUUGA